AUGUAUAUCAGAAAGAGUUGUCAAGUUAGUGAUAAAUAUGAACUAUAUGAGAACAAAAAAGAAAUCAACAUUAAUGAAUCAGAUAUACUUUAUGAAGAGCCUGGAGAAAACGAAAAUGUAGGUGGAGAAGCUACAAGGUGA